AUGAUUUCCAUCGGUAGGACAAAUUCAAUGGUUGCCAUAUUUCAAGCAAUUCAACAAACCAGUGCAAAAUUGGCCACCACCGUUACCCAAAUACCAGCCGGUCUUCUAUCUGCUCCUCGAAAUACUACCAAGGCGGCAACAACGAUAAUAAAUACCGGACGCACUGACAAUAUGACAAUAUCAGCAACGUCACCGUCCCCUGGACUUGUUCCUAAUAAAUAUAUUUUUCUAAUUUCAGCAGUGUGCCCCGUAAUGUUAUUUAUUUCGACGAUUAUCACCAUUCGUGAACGUCGACGAAAAUUAAAUAAAAAUAAUUUUCGACAAACAUUUUCUCAUCUAUUAAAUUCAUUUAAACAACGUCGAUUUUGGAUAUUAACAGUAUUUUUAUUUAUCUAUUCCAGUUGUCCACAACAGAAAACAUCAUUGUUCUAUUAUCAACGUGAUCAUCUAAAAUUUACGAGCUUUUUUAUAUCGAUUUUAAAUACGAUUUAUAAUGGUUGUGGUUGUAUAUCUGCUCUCAUCUAUAUUACGUUAUUUAGUCAUAAUAAAGUACAACGAACACUUCGCAUUGCUAUUGUAUUAAAAAUGUUUGCACUUAUUAGUUAUUUAUUUUUAUAUGGACGAAUAUCAAGUAUCAUCAUCGCUAUACUAACCGGUUUGACAUCCGAAAUUACAAAUUUGGCUAUAUUAAAUCUUGCAGCUCGCUCUUGUCCACCAAAUCUUGAAGGCACUUUGUUUGCACUACUGGUAUCUUGCGUGAAUUUUGGUGUAGCUCUUGGCGACAUCAUUGGAUCGAAAAUAUACGAAGGAAUGCAGUUUCAAUCGUUGGUUAUUUUAUCGACAGUAUGGAUUGGGCUUUGUUCUUUUGGCACGUGUCAUGUACAAGAGCAUGAACCGAUAACUAAUGAAGACGAAGACGAUGGAUACCAUUAUUAUACUACAUCUAAUGAUGCUGCAGUAAAUGAUUGA